AUGGCGAAGAAGCACGUGCCGCGGCAAAGAAAACAAAAACACCGGAAUCUAGCACGCGACAAUCGCCAGGAUAGCAAAGACAAUGCAGACACUCCAAACACGCAGGAGAUCCUCCCUGAGCAUGUACAGGAGAAGGAGGCUCGCAAGGCUCGUAUGCGUGAGGAGCUGAGGAAUCAAGGAGUCAAAGUCAGCAGCAAAAAAUCUAAGCGUCUGGAUAAGUAUAUCGAAAACAAGCUCAAGAGAGACGAAAAUCGAGAACUCCUGGCCAAGCUCGCUGAGACGAGGGUCGAUACCAGUCUUUUUGCGAGCAGUCGCUCGCUAGGCCACAAUCGCGAGACAACGCGCGAAGCGCUUUUGAGAGCCCUGAAGGAAACAAAGGCCGGCAUUAACACGGAUGACAACGAAAAAAUUCUGCUCCGGCAACGACGGCCAGCACAGGAGGACAGCCAGAGCGACGACGAUGACGAUGAGACCCAGGACGAGCACCUUGUCAGGAUCUCCGCCUCAUUACCGCGACCGACAGCGCCUGCGUCUAAACCUUCAGUAACGGAGGGCGUGGGUUCAGGUCUCAAGCGGCCUCUGGACUUGGGGGAAGAUGGACGACCCAAACUUGUGAAACGACAAAAGAGGGGUGGCGUGAAAUCUAAAAUCCCCAUUGCUCAGCAGAUUGAACCAGAGAGAAUGGAAGUAGAAUCCGACGAUGAAGCGUGGAAUGGCUUCAGUUCUGAUGAAGGUGCAGAGGAGUCAGCAAGUGGCAGCGACAGUGAGCAAGAAGACUCGGACGCUGAAUCUGAAGAUGGGCCGGAAGAGUCAGAAUCUAAAGGAAGCAGCGAAAGCGAGAACAGCGACGAAACAUCCUCUUCUGAUGAUGACGAUGAAGAUGAUGACUCUAGCGAAGACUCAGACUCAGACAACAGCGCAGAGCAAAGCAAGCAGAAACAACGCUCUUCAGCUUUCAAGCAGUGGGCCCACCAGCAACGGAACGAGGCCAUGGGUUAUACGCCUGUGGAAUCAGGGACACAGGGCCUCCAAAUACCUAAACCAGCCAACUUCACACCCCGGCCGCUUGAGGAGGACCCAUUACCCCUCGAGUUGCAGCCAACAAAGAAUGUCGACCGAAAGGCUUACAGUGUCACUGUUUCACGGUCUCCCGACAUCCAAGAGGCUCGGCUGAAGCUGCCUGUGGUGGCCGAGGAGCAGCGGAUUAUGGAAGCUGUUCAUAAUAACGACAUUGUUGUUUUGUGCGGUUCCACAGGAUCCGGUAAAACUACACAGGUCCCUCAGUUUCUUUUUGAAGCGGGAUACGGAUCCCGCGACGGCCCAACACCGGGCUUGAUCGGUAUCACCCAGCCCAGGAGGGUUGCAGCUGUCAGCAUGUCAAAACGAGUCGGUCAGGAGCUUGGUGACCACUCUGAUAAAGUGGCAUACCAGAUCCGUUUUGAAGGCACGGUCGAUCCAAACACGGCUGUGAAAUUCAUGACUGACGGUGUGCUUCUCCGAGAAGUGGCUCAAGAUAUCGCUCUCAGGAAGUACUCAGCCAUAAUCGUGGAUGAGGCUCACGAGCGGAGUGUCAACACCGACAUCCUGGUUGGUAUGCUCAGCAGGGUAGUCAAGCUGCGAGCAGAACUGUCCCAAGAAGACCCGACAAUUAAGCCAUUGAAACUGAUAAUCAUGUCCGCUACGCUCCGGAUAGAGGAUAUGACACAGAACCCAACACUGUUCAAAACGCCACCUCCUGUCUUGGAGGUGGAAGGCAGGCAAUAUCCAGUCACCGUGCACUUCUCGCGGAGGACUCAACACGAUUAUGUCGAGGAGGCUUUCAUGAAGAUCAGCAGAGGCCACAGAAAGCUUCCCCCUGGAGCUAUUCUUGUCUUCAUGACAGGCCAAAAUGAGAUCACCGAACUUGCGAAGAAACUCAAGAAGGCCUUCACUGGGAUGGACUCCGCCGCUGGCCCAAAAGUCAGGCUGCCAGCGAACGUGGCCUCGAUAGAGGCAGAAGACAUAGAUUUUGGUGUCGAGGACGACCGCCACGUACAAGAAUAUGACGAUGGCUUGAUUUCUGGCGACGAGGAAGAAGAGGAUGAUGAGGCUGAAUUCGAGAUCCCCGAAGAAGAAGGAGAAACAGGCUCAGGCCCCAAGCGGAUGCACGUCUUGCCCCUGUACUCGCUCUUGCCCACCAAAGAGCAGAUGCGUGUUUUCGAGCCACCGCCAGAUGGCUCCCGCUUAGUUAUUCUGGCCACAAACGUCGCUGAGACCAGUUUGACCAUCCCUGGCGUACGAUAUGUGUUUGACUGCGGACGAUCAAAGGAGAGAAAAUACGACUCCUUGACUGGUGUACAGAGUUUUGAGGUUGGUUGGAUCAGCAAGGCCAGCGCCAGCCAGAGAUCUGGGCGUGCAGGUCGUACAGGACCCGGUCACUGCUACAGACUGUACUCUUCGGCUGUGUACGAAAGGGAUUUCCAGGAAUUCGCCGAACCAGAAUUGUUGCGAAUGCCUAUCGAAGGUGUGGUUCUCCAGCUCAAAGCCAUGAACCUGCAGCAUGUGGUCAACUUCCCGUUUCCCACGCCACCAGACAGGCAAAGCCUUCGCAAGGCAGAAAGACUCUUGCACUACCUCUCCGCCGUCAACGAUAGCGGACAGGUAACGCAACUUGGAAGAACCAUGUCGAUUUUCCCCCUUUCGCCACGUUUCUCCCGCAUACUUCUUGUCGGCCAUCAGUUCGAUUGUAUCCAGUACACCAUUGCAUUAGUCGCCGGCCUCUCAGCUGCUGAAGUCUUCCUACAAGAGUCUCACGCCAUCCCGCAGCUUGCCACCAAAGAAGACGACGAUGAGACCAUUCGCACAAACGCGGACGUGAUUGCCGAAACUCGCCAAGCUAAUGCCCGACGCGCAUACAACGCUGUGCAUAAGAACUUCUGCUUCCUAGACGACAAAGCCGACGCCAUCAAGCUGCUGCAAGUCGUGGGGGAGUUCGCACACGAUCCGACUGAGGCGUGGUGCGAGUCGCAUUUCGUACGAUACAAAACCCUGAAGGAGAUCCUGCAGCUAAGGCAGCAAAUCGCGGAGCUCCUGCGGACGAACAUCGCCUCGUUCGCCGGCCUCUCGUUCCAAGCGAAGCUCCCCGCGCCGUCCAUGAAGCAGGUCACCGCCCUGAAGCAGAUGGUCGCUGCCGGAUUCAUCGACCAGGUCGCCAUCAGGAACGACAAGGCGCCCACGCCGCUGGAUAUGGGGCGGAAGCCCAGGAGGGCCAUCGACGUGGCAUACUUGCCCCUCACGCCUCUCGCCGUGCCGGCGACCGCCGAGCCAAGCGAGAGGGCGGUGUACCUGCAUCCGUCUUCACCGAUGGCGCACCUCAGCCCGAACGAGUGUCCGGACUAUGUCGUAUACUCACACCUGCAGAAGGCCUCCGGGGGUCGCACAAGGAUGCACACACUCACCGAUGUCACGGAGAGGCAGCUUGCGUCGCUCGCCAAGGGGACGCCAUUGAUCUCGUACGGGAAGCCAAUCAAGGAGGUAAAACUUGAGAACACUGAAGGGGGCAAACUGCGCGAGGUGUGGGUUGUGCCCUCUCUGAAUGCGGAGGGCAAAGGUGGCUUGGGAUGGCCUCUACCUCCGACGAAGGUCGUGCAACGCAGGGUAGCUGGAAACUGGGUCGUGCAGUAA